AUGUUGACACAUGAAGUGCUUACGUCACUGGUCUGUGAGCACAUCUCGGGGAGUUUGAGAUCAGCUGUAGAAGAAGCAAGACGUACUUUGAUAUACUGUUUAAUAAAGACCUCACGUGUUCUUUCCCUAAAGUUGAUGCGUCCUGAAGACUUGCAGACAAUUCCAAAUAUUGGCCCAAGGUUAGCAUCUACUAUUGUAGAUUUGCGUGAGCAUUAUGGCAAUCUCACACCAGAAAGUUUGCAGACAAUGCUUCGGCAUAAACUGCCGGACACUGUCAUGCAAGAGUUGGAUUUCACGCCAAACAGAGACUUGGUCGGCAACACCUGCCCACCUCCUCUAGGUGUACAAACAUCCCAUACCUCCCCUCUUGUUUCAAAAAUUGAGACAGAGGUUGACGGGUUGGACCUGGGUAGACUGCGAGAAAGUGACAGUGACGAGGAUGUCCAGUCAGCGUCUGGUAUCCCUCGCUCAUACAGUACCCGACAGAAAAAGGUACGUAUGCAUAAAAGCAGUCGGUUACCUCACUCCAAACUCCUGUCCCUUCACCGUCUUGAUUCAUCUACUGAUGAGUCCGACACUAGACAAGCCCCAAUGAUAAAGAGUGAGCAAGUCAAGUUGCACUCCUCCUUACCUGAGAAGGACCAUAUUUCGCAAAAACAUGCGGAAUACCCCCAAGAGGUAGUACAGGCGUCCCCUCAUGGCCUCUCUAUGCGCAAGGGUAGUCAUGCAUUGAAGGAUAUACCUAAAUCUCUGGUAUAUGAUGGUAAAUCGAGCUGGCAUUCAUUUGAAAUGAAGUUUCAGCAGUGUGCACAAUCAUUUGGCUGGAGUACAGAUGAUUGUAAACUCUGUUUAUUACAUUGUUUGUCAGGGAAGGCACUCGACAAAUGUGCUCGAUUGCUUCAAUGCAGUCCAAAAAUGCCUUACCGUUCUUUAUUGAGCAAACUUAAGGAGCGGUUCGGCUCAGAGUUUCCCGCCUCUGCGCAAGCCAAGUUCGCUGACGCUUCCCAGGAAAAAGGUGAGUGUAUGGAAGACUGGGCAGAUAGGGUACAAGAGUUAGCGGCUGAAGCUUUCCGGUCACUGCCGGAGACCUUCACAAACCAGCAGGCGAUAGACCGCUUCUGUCAAGGCCUGCAAGAUCGAGAAGCUGGUCAUAGCACCUUCAUGCGUAAGUAUACAACCAUUGAAGAGGCCAUGAAUAACAUCAGGUUGUUUCAGCAUUCCAAGAGUGCUAUGGGAAAGAAAAAUCUAUUCAUAAAGCAGUAG